AUGCCUAUGCUCAAAGAUCCCUCCAAGAAGUACAGGCCGUUUAAGCCUCUGAACCUCCCCAAUCGCCAAUGGCCCGAUAAGAUUAUCGACAAGCCGCCGCGGUGGCUGGCCACCGACCUGCGAGAUGGCAACCAGAGUCUGCCGGACCCUAUGGAUGGCGAACAAAAACUUCGCUUCUUCAAGAUGCUUGUCGAGAUCGGCUACAAGGAAAUCGAGGUCUCCUUCCCUUCCGCCUCCCAAACCGAUUUCGACUUCACCCGGAGCCUCGUCGAGACACCCGGCUUGACUCCCGACGAUGUCUGGCUCCAAGUUCUCUCACCCUGCCGUGAGGACCUGAUCCGCCGCACAGUAGAGUCCCUCAGGGGCGCGAAGAAGGCAAUUCUACACAUCUACCUCGCAACGAGUCCGUGCUUCCGACGGAUUGUGUUCAACAUGGACAAGCAAAAGAGUUUGGAAAUGGCCGUCCGCUGCACGAAAUUCGCACGCUCCAUCACGAAAGACGACCCCUCGAUGGCAGGCACUGAAUGGCAGUUUGAGUUCUCCCCCGAGACCUUCUCCGAUACCGAGCCGGAAUUCGCUGCGGAGGUUUGCGAGGCCGUCAAGGCCGCCUGGGAGCCUACUGAGGAAGUCCCUAUCAUCUUCAACCUUCCCGCUACAGUCGAGAUGGCCACCCCCAAUAUUUUCGCCGAUCAGAUCGAGUUCUUCUGUCGUAGUGUCACGGAGCGCCAAAAGUACGUGGUCUCGGUCCAUCCCCACAACGAUCGUGGCUGCGCUAUUGCUGCCGCCGAGCUGGCCCAAAUGGCCGGCGCUCAGCGAGUCGAGGGUACCCUGUUUGGUAACGGAGAACGAACGGGUAACGUUGAUCUCGUCACUCUCGCCCUGAACCUCUACACGCAAGGUAUUUCGCCCAAGGUCGACUUCUCAGAUAUCAACGCCGUCAUCAAGGUUGUGGAAGAGAGCAACAAAAUCCCUGUCAACGAGCGAUGGCCCUACGGUGGUCAGCUGGUCGUCUGCGCCUUCAGUGGUAGCCACCAGGACGCCAUCAAGAAGGGCUUCAAGAUCCGCGAAGACGGAGGUGCAACCGACGACAACGAAUGGCAAAUCCCCUACCUCCCUCUGGACCCCCAGGAUAUCGGACGAACCUACGAGGCCGUCAUCCGCGUCAACUCCCAAAGCGGCAAGGGAGGCACCGCCUGGGUCAUCUUGCGCACUCUGGAGCUGGAUCUCCCGCGCGCACUCCAGGUCGAGUUCAGCAAGAUCGUCCAGAAGCGCACAGAAGAAGUCAGCCGCGAGCUGCGGCCCACCGAAAUCGUCUCCCUCUUCGAGGACGCAUACCAUCUCAAGUCCAACCCACGCUUUAACCUGGUCGACUACAACAUCACCACGGAUCGUUCGCAGUCCCCUGCGCCCCCGGAGCCCGGCAAGGCGCUCAACACAAAGAACCUCAAGCGUCGCUUCACCGGUAUCGUCGAGAUCGACGGCCUCCAGCACGCCAUCACAGGCGUUGGAAACGGUGCCCUGUCCUCCCUCGCCAACGCCCUGGCUACCCUGGGCAUCGAUCUCGAUGUCGUCGACUACAAGGAACACUCGAUCGGCCAGUCCACCGGAAAGGGUCGCGAUGUCAAGGCCGCCACGUACAUCCACUGCAGUGCUGCCGGUAGCAAGCAGCAAGUAUGGGGUGUUGGUAUCCACCAGGAUGUUGUCCAGGCCAGUUUGAUUGCUCUCCUGAGCGCUGCCAGCUCCUUCCUCACCAGCGGGGCUGGAUCCCCUGCUCCAUUCCGCCCUAUGCGCUCCAACACCCUUACCAACGAGGACCUCCAAGCCCUGGAACUCCUCACUGGUUCCAGCAAUGCCGGAGCAAGGGUGGUCGAUGCCACCAACGGCGCACCGGCUGCCAAGCCCACAGUAGACCUGGAAGCCCUAACGCAAAAGGCAGCCAAUCAGUAA